AUGGCUGCAUGUCUAGUGACACAUCCAUUAGACUUGGCUAAAGUUCGUUUGCAAACAGCUUCGAAACCUGGUCAGUCUUUGGUGUCUAUGGUGUAUCAGAUUAUCAAAAAUGAAGGUUUCUUCAAAAUCUAUUCGGGUUUGACAGCGUCCUUGUUGAGACAAGCCACAUACUCAACAGUCAGAUUUGGUAUUUACGAAUUCAUGAAGGAAUCAUAUCAGGAAAAAUACAACAAAACUGCAACAACGGCAGUCUUGUUGCCUAUGUCUAUGGUUUCUGGUGCAUUGGGUGGUUUGGUUGGUAAUCCCUCAGAUGUCGUGAACAUUAGAAUGCAGAAUGACUCAACUUUACCAGUGGAGCAAAGAAGACACUACAGAAACGCUUUUGAUGGACUUUAUCGUAUUACCAGAGAUGAAGGAAUCUCUUCUUUGUUCAGAGGCUUGACACCUAACUUAGUGAGAGGAGUUUUGAUGACCGCUUCUCAAGUUGUGACUUACGAUAUUGCUAAGGCACUCUUGGUUGACACCCUUAACAUGGACCCAGUUAAGAAGUCGACUCACUUCAGUGCAUCUUUAUUAGCCGGGUUGGUUGCAACUACAGUCUGUUCACCAGCAGAUGUCGUUAAGACCAGAAUUAUGAAUGCCAAGGGAACGAGUGGCGGUGCAGUCACAAUCUUGACCACCGCUGUUAAGAAUGAAGGUGUUGGUUUUAUGUUCAGAGGUUGGUUGCCAUCCUUUAUAAGAUUGGGUCCCCACACGAUCGUAACUUUCUUAGUGUUAGAACAAUUAAGAAAGUAUAAAGUGGGUAUGUUCUGA